AUGUUGUCGGUCUUCCGACGACUGGUCCCGAUCCUAUCAGCCCUCUCAGCCGAAGACAACUACAAACUUCACAUCGAUAAACUCAAGGAGAACAUCAACCAAAUAUGCCUCUCGGUCCUCUUUGCGUCCAACCCACGGAACCCCACCGGCCAGGCCGUCGAAGGCACCGAACUCAAAGAACUCGUCCAAUUUAGCAGGAACGGCGAAACCGUUGUUUUGGACGAGUUUUACAGCUGGUAUAACCUCGAUGGCCAACUUGGAGAAAGCCUGUUGGCUUCCAGAUACGUUGAAGGCGGUGUCCAGGUUGGCGAGCCUAAGCCGUUGAUUGGAGCUCUAUCACAGAGUGGAAGUUUCCUGGAUGGCGGGGCUAGUCACAUCAUGCAACUGGCAGCUAUCCCAUUACUUGAGUUUGAAAGGGUCGAGAAAGAUAAGCUGGCUCUCCAGAAACAUUUCAGGAUGAAGAGAGAGGAGCAAUUGGAACAAAUGGGUCUCAAAGUUAAGAUCCCGCCAAAAUGGACGUUCUACAUUUGGCUCGAGUACAUCCUUUUUUUUCACCAAUGUACAUGCGUUGCUUAUAAGCUGACCAGUUUCUGGAUCAGCACUGCUACCCAAAAGACCGUCAAUGGGCCUUUGGGUAAGGACUGGCGUGGUGGCUGUGGUGCAUCUGGCACCAUCAUUCCCUCAAGCACCGGAGCUGCCAAGGCUGUUGGCAAAGUCAUCCCUGCUCUCAAUGGCAAGAUUACUGGUAUGGCUUUCCAAGUCCCAACUGCUGAUUUCUCAGUGGCCGUUUGUCAGCAACAGUCAUUCCAGCAUCUUUGGCGCCAAGGCUGGUAUCAGCCUGAACCCCAAUUUUGUCAUUGGUCAAACUUGUCAGCUGGUAUGACAACAAGUGGGGGUACUCUUGCCGGGUCUUUGAUCUCGUAUGUGAAAUGGCCAAGCAAGAGUGAGUUUCAAAUUGUCUGA